AUGGAAUUUCCAACGGAGUUUUCUGAAGAAACAAAAAAACAAGUUGCUUUAUGUGGUGACAUGAUUCGAAAUAAACAUAGGGAUGAUGACGAAGAAAUUUUUUGCAACGACCCAUUAUUAAUAAUUGAAUACAAUCAACCGGGUCUCGUCAGUCGAAAUAUCACAGAAGCUAAUGUUGCCAACGUAAUUAGAAGAACUCAAAACUAUAUUCCUAUCGCAUUUCCAAAGCAACACUUGCAACAAUCAAAUUCUGUAAUCGCAUUUAACAGUAUGCAGACAAUAGAUGAAGCUAUCAGAGAUUUAUAUAAUAUUUAUCAUAACACUGUGAUAGGACGGCUAAAUCCUAUUGUUGGACGAGUAUAUGUGGUGGAAUUUCGCAGGGCAAAUACUUUUGAAGUUUCUGAAAGAUUUCAUGUUUUUGAUUAA